AUGGCCUCCUACACUCUGGCCGGUCGCCUGUGGGCUCUACAGAGAGCGCUUCAAUACGGUUUCUUCUCUGGGAUGUCCACAAGAGCGAUCGAUCCCGCUGCUGUACGGGGCAGAGAAUUCAAAAGAAUUGUGAAGAAAGGUGGGGCAAGGACAAAGCAGGCACUUGUGGAAAGUCUGUGUCGAUUGGCAAGACAAGGAGAUGCAGACACUUCUUGGGACCUACUGGCUGAGGGCUGCGACCCUGAUCUGAAGGAUAAGGACGGCUGGACACCACUUUUGUACGCAUCUGACAGAGGACAAGAUAGAAUUGUGAAGCUUCUGCUUGACAGAGGUGCCAAAGUGGAUUUGACAGAUGAGACUUCCUGGACGCCACUGAUGGCUGCUGUGGACAACAACAACUACGCUGUGAUGCAGACUCUAAUCAACAGUGGGGCAGAUGUGCAGCGUGUCAACAGGGUUUGUCGAUCGGCUCUGCACCUUGCUUGUGCUACAGGGCGUACCAGGAAUGCUGCACUUCUGGUGGAUGCAGGGGCUGAUGUGAAUAAGUUAGACAAGCAUCACUGGACACCACUGCACUUCGCUGCAGACAAAGGGAGCGCAGACAUCACCAGGGUGCUGUGCCAUACGGGCGCCAACGUUGAUGCUGUGAAUAAGCUUCUUGAGACACCGCUGCACCUUGCUGUUCGAAGAGGAAAUUGGGCCACGGCCGAAUUGCUGCUAAAGUAUGGUGCUGACCCCGAUGCGAAGGACAAGGACGGCAAGACGGCUAUGGAUGCAGCUCAAGAAAGUGGGUAUUCCAAACUUGGGCGAAAUCUGGACGACAAAUUAGCCAAGGGGAAAAGGCUAAGACGAAAGGUGGCCGUUCCCGACCCCAGCGGCGAACCUGUCGCCAGGGUGGUUCAUUUGGACGUGGGUGGGAGCCGUUUUGUGACUUCCCGGGCCACCCUCACCUGCAUUCCGGGUAGCUACUUCUGGAUGGCUUUCAACCCAGAGGCGGACAUUCCUGUGGGUUUCGAAGACCACAGCUUGGGCGCCCUGGGCCCUGGGCCUGGCAAGGAGUUGACGCGCAAGUCGGACCAGCAACUGUUGAUCGACAGGGAUCCCCACAUGUUCCUGCCUGUCCUCGAGUUCAUGAGAACGCUGCACUACUCCAAGAUGAGGGCGUUGGAGCUGCCAGAGGACAGGUAUGCAGUGGACGCCCUGCUGAGGGAGGCCAGGUUCUACCGCCUGGUCCCCAUGAUGGCCAAGAUCCUGGAGGAGGUGGAGUUCAGGAUGCGGAAGACGCUGCGCAAUGCGCAUAGCCCCAAGAAGAGGCACAAGGUGGUGGGCGGCAGAGCCCUGUACAAGCCAGAGAAUCGCGUCCCGGUGAUUCUGGACAAGGUGGCCAUUGACAAUGUGCCAGGGUCUUGGGAGGGUGCCGCACGGGAUGGGGAGCACCUGGCAGCCGACGAGGUGUGA